AUGGCAGUUUCCCCCAGGAAUGGCAAGGCGAGCAAGCGCCGGGGUUUUAUAAACGCUCUCCGGGUGGAAAUCACAAGCAGAAGGUACGGACUGCGUCUGUCGCAUGGGGCUUGUAUCCGAGCUGUGCUGGGGAUCAGCAUGCUCUUGCCUGCCACUCCUACUCUUGCAAGAGCGAAAAUACGUAAUGAUCAGUCUCUAAACCCCGACCCCGCCGAGGGAAUGAUAUGUUUAAGCUGGACUUUGAAACAGCUUGAUUUCAUAAACACUUUUAUCAUGGUGAUGCCGAAGUGUCUGGAUAGCUUCAUUAUGUUUCCAAGGGCUGCCAGCCAGAUCAUCUGCCUGUGCGGCAAUGGCAGUUUCCCCCAGGAAUGGCAAGGCGAGCAAGCGCCGGGGUUUUAUAAACGCUCUCCGGGUGGAAAUCACAAGCAGAAGAACAAAAAGAAAAAAGAACCGGUUUUCUCUCAUUAUUGUGAUACCUGUGACCGUGGCUAUAAAAACCAGGAGAAAUAUGAUGAACAUGUUUCACAACAUACACAGUGCACAGAAGAAGGUUGCAAUUUCAAUGCACAUGAGAAGUUGGUUCAGAUACACUGGAAGAAUGUGCAUGGUCCUGGUGCUAAAAAAAUAAAGUUAGAUACUCCAGAAGAGAUUGCUAGAUGGAGAGAAGAAAGAAAAAAAAACUUUCCUACUUUGGCCAACAUUGAAAAGAAGAAGGUGGUGCAGAUGGAGAAGGAAGAAAGGGGAGAAGUGCUGACUACCCCACAGUUCGGCAAAAUGAAGGGGAUGUGGAAAGCUCCAGAAGAUGAGGAGAGGUCUGGACAGCAGGGAAGACAUAAGAAAAAGCAGAAACGCCAGUUCUGGAAGAAGUUUAAGAAAAAUGGUGGAGGUGAUAACGUGCCAUCACAAAAAACUCAAAAUGUAGCCAAUGGAUCAGAAAACCACCUGUGUGAAAAGGAAGAUGAAAAACAGCUCACUUCAGGGUCUCAGACGUGCAUGAAGGACAUGGACCCUCUCAGUCUGCUGGCAAACAGUGAUGUUGAAUCUGACAAGGAUGAAGCAGCUGCUGAAGACGGGAAACUGGGAACAACUGUUGUUCCCAAGCAGGUCACCUCGGCCCUGAGUUCGUUGUCGGCCAACUACGGCAGCGCGUCAGAGAGUGAGCCGGAAGGUGCAAAGAAGCUUGAAGUCCCUGUCAAGAUUGUAGCAAAACCUGAAGAAAACGAGGCAAUGCUCAGAAAUACCUCUCAACCUACAAGUGUUCCUCAGAAUGCAGAUCUGAAUCAAGAACGUGCAGAAUCUACAAAUACAACGUUAAGAAGCUCGAAUUCAAAUGCAGGUCCCCCAAGAGGCCCUGAUAAACGGGGGAAGAAAACAUUACCUCUCCUACCGAAGCGUCGUCCGACUCUGCUGGAAAUGUUACUAGCCCAGGACAUCCGACAUGAAAGGAAUGUGAUUUUGCAGUGUGUUCGAUACAUCGUCCGAAAUGACGUGUUUGGACUUCAUUUAAAAACGGAACCAGCAGCUGAAACAGAGGCUGGACAGGCCUCCAAAACUACAGCAGAGUUUUUGGCAGACAAACUUGAUGAAUCUAAUUGCUCUUGUAGCUCUGACCUUCAGUUAACAGGAGGAGAACAAGAUGCAUUAUUAACGGCCCAGAAUGAGAAAGCACCCACAGAUCAGACAUCACAGAUGGCUCACUCGGCAGAUGAGGAGACAUGGGAAACACCGGCAAUUCAGUGUGAAGAAGCGCUGUAGAAAAUGUUGUGGAAAAUACAGAGAAGGCUCAGCUUUUCUACCUGACUGACAUUUUUUUGAAAGACAUUAGUAUAACAAAAUAAUAAUUAAAAAAUAUAUAUUGAGAACUGUUAAAACUACUUUUCUAAUCUGUCCUGCGUUGAGGUGACCUUUUCCUUGUGCAAACAGCAUCCGUGUUGAGUAAUUGCUUUUCCUCCAUGAAUGAAAAAUGGCAGUGGCACAGAAUGUGGUCUUCACUAGAAAAGUUACUGAUAGCUGCUUUUGAGCUUCAGAACUUUGAACCCUCUUACCUUGUUAAGAGGAAACACGUCAGAACUCAAAUCCUUUGCCAGAGCAAAGUGGUAUUCAGGUAGACUGGUUCUCUCCCAUCUGAAGUGAUGGGAGUCUGGAAAUAUCUGAGUUUCUGGAAGUAUCCAAAUGUAGUUUUGAAAUGGUAAUAGCUGAAACAAAAUGACACUGAAUUAUUGCUGUGAAGUAUAAAACAAAGAAAGGAAGAAAUAACUGAGCUGGCUCUAAAAGUACUGCACCUCUGCUAAUCUGUUAAUUAAGCAGAGAAAUGGAAAGACAGUAAGGGUGCAGAGAGAAGGAAGAAGUUUUUUUCUUUGUUUGUUUGUUUGU